GCAGCGUGUCUGGUAUAAAAACACUUUCUCCAGGCUUUAGUCUGUCUUCGCACCAGCAGCAGGUUCCGUCCGUCGGGAAAAGGCAAACACGUGAUGGCAGCGCCGAAGAAAAUCUGUGUGGUGGGCUCUGGUAACUGGGGCUCUGCCAUUGCCAAGAUUGUGGGCGCCAACGCAGCCAAGUAUGACAAGUUUGAAACCACAGUGAACAUGUGGGUGUUUGAGGAGACAGUGAACGGCCGCAAACUCACAGAAAUCAUCAACACGGACCAUGAAAAUGUGAAAUAUCUGCCCGGUCACAAGUUGCCCCCCAAUGUGUUGGCUGUUCCAGACUUGGUUGAGUCUGUGAAAGGAGCCGACAUCCUGAUCUUUGUGGUCCCUCACCAGUUCAUUGUGAGAGUGUGUGACACCAUCAAAGACCACAUCAAGAAGGAUGCUGUAGGAAUGUCUCUCAUCAAGGGUGUCGAUGCGGGUCCAGAGGGUCUGAAACUGAUCUCAGAGGUCAUCCGAGGGAAGCUGGGCAUCACGGUGACAGUCCUCAUGGGAGCAAACAUCGCCAACGAGGUCGCUGAGGAGAAGUUCUGUGAAACAACCAUUGGGUGCAAAGACAAAGCAUGCGGAUCCAUGUUGAAGGAGCUGAUGCAGACCACCAACUUCCGUGUGACCGUGGUGGAAGAGUCUGAUGUUGUGGAGAUUUGCGGCGCUCUCAAGAACAUUGUAGCGGUAGGAGCAGGUUUCUGUGAUGGCCUGGGGUUCGGCGACAACACCAAGGCUGCGGUGAUUCGUCUCGGCCUGAUGGAGAUGAUUGCCUUUGCCAAAGUCUUCUGCACAGCCUGCCCCGUCUCCCCCGCCACCUUCCUGGAGAGCUGCGGCAUCGCCGACCUCAUCACGACCUGCUACGGCGGACGCAACCGCAAGAUUGGGGAAGCUUUCGCCAAAACAGGCAAAACCAUUGAGCAGUUAGAGAACGAGCUGCUGAACGGUCAGAAGCUUCAAGGUCCAGCAACUGCGACUGAGGUCCACCAAAUCUUGAAACAGAAAAACAUGGUAAAAAAGUUUCCUCUUUUCACUGCUGUUUACCAGAUCUGCUUCAACAGCCACCCAGUCACAGAGUUCAUCAACUGUUUGCAAAACCACCCAGAGCACAUGUAAAGGACUGAUAUAAGGACUGAUGAAUGGAUGGAAGUUGGGAAAGGACUUUUACACUAGAACUACGGUAUCACUGAGGAGCUUAUUGACAGGUCCUGACUGCUCUCUUGUUUGAGUCUUGAACAGAGAAAAGAAAUGGAGCCAAUCUCCAUCUACAUGAGCUGCUGUGUUGGCCUGCUGAUACUACUUUACUGAGAGGAGCAUAACUUUUGUCUCCUUCUCUAUUUUUACUUACAAUAAACGUACAUGUCACAAAUUGUUGCAUAAAUCCACCAAGUCUUAAAUUUUUUAAGAAUUUGAGUUACUCUGCCUUACACAAUACACAAACCCUGACCUGAAUGUUUUCAAAUGUUACAUCAUUUCUUGGGAAAAAGUUGACUUGCCUUUUCACGGACAUGUAUGUUAAACAAAGCACUGAAUACACAACAGUCACCCCUCCCACUGUGCUGCUGUUCUGCUGGACUUAUUGAGAUGUAACUGAUUACUUAAGAUUUAUUUUGGAAUAAAUUAUUGAACUCGUUUA